AUAGUUUUGGUCUGAUUCUAUUUCCAUUGCUGACGCUUCCAAUCGUGGUGGAGGAGGAGCUGCCGUGGAUCAUCAUUCCGAGGCUUCGUCUCCUUCUUCCCUCUCUGCCGGUGCCGGAAAUGGUGCAAAAGCGGGACGUGGUGGUGUUAGUAGUAGUAGUCAGGUUGAUGCAUUGGCCGCUGGUAUCGGAAAUUUGAACUUCGAGGAGACUGGAGAUGAUGAUGGUUUCGAUUAUGGUCAGAAUGAUUUCACGGAGCACGCUUGUAAGUAUUGUGGUAUCUCGAACCCUGCUUGCGUGGUUAGGUGUAAUGUGGCUUCCUGUAGAAAGUGGUUCUGCAAUUCAAGGGGGAACACCUCGGGCUCGCAUAUUGUGAAUCAUCUGGUUCGAGCUAAACACAAGGAAGUUUGUCUCCAUAGAGACAGUCCACUAGGGGAAACAAUUCUUGAAUGCUACAACUGUGGGUGUCGAAAUGUCUUUCUCCUCGGUUUCAUCUCAGCAAAGACAGACAGUGUCGUCGUCCUUCUCUGUAGAGAUCCUUGUUUAAAUGUUAAUGCCCUCAAGGAUAUGAACUGGGACCUAAGUCAGUGGUGUCCCUUGAUUGACGAUAGGUGUUUCCUCCCCUGGCUUGUUAAGGUCCCAUCAGAGCAGGAACAGCUGCGGGCAUGCCAAAUUAGCGCACAGCAAAUAAACAAGAUAGAGGAAUUAUGGAAGACAAAUCCGGAUGCUACUCUUGAAGACUUUGAAAAACCUGGUGUAGACGAUGAACCUCAGCCUGUUCAACCUAAGUAUGAAGAUGCAUAUCAGUAUCAAAAUGUGUUUGCACCUCUAAUCAAGCUUGAAGCAGACUAUGAGAAGAUGAUGAAAGAGUCUCAAAGCAAGGAAAACCUCACAGUUCCCGAUUUGAUUAGAACAUUUCCCGAUUUGAACUUUUGAUGCAGGAG